AUGGCGACUACGCGCAUUCGCAACCAUACAGGCAGCAACCCCACUCCCUCACAGCCUCCCAUGAAUGGGGCGUCGUCGCACAAACGGCGGCAGUCGUAUGCUAUGGACGACGGCGCGUACAUACCCAGGGCUACGCAGCCUGCCCGCACCCGCUCUGUCUCCUACCGACAUGCGCAGCCCGCACCCCCCGACCAAGAUCCUUCGCGCUCCUUCGCGGCACGGGCAAAGGACCUCCCUUCUAAUGCGGAUCUAUACGGCAUGGAUAAGCCCUUCUCUCCGGAGCCGCCAGCCACCCCGGACGGAUAUGGCGCUUUUGAAACCGUCAACCAAAAACAGGCACCGCAACUGUCUUCCCCUGUAAAUAGUCUGCCUUCACGGUCUAACACCGUGCGCUCUACUUCCGAUCAACGACACGACUGGGCUUCUGAUCGAUCGCCGCUCCAGAAACUUGAAGUCACCCUAAAUGGGAUCAGCAAGGAAGAAAAACGUGCACGGGUCUUAGAAGCCGAAAUGAAACUGAAAGAGCGCAUGGCCCGUGAAAAACGUGAAGGCAGCACUACCAACCAAUCGCCGCAGCGGGCACGUUCAGAGCGACCUACAAACCCUCCGGUCAUUGUGGACGCACCGAGCAGUAUAGACUCGCGCAGACCCAGUGCACAGGAGAAUGCCACCACGACUCGGAGUCACGCGCCAUCCAUGAAGUAUGGGGUUCUAGGGCCCUCGAGUGAUAACCAUGCAAACAUGCCGGCGAUGAAGAUGGGGCAUGUUCCAAGGCGGUCCGUGCCAACGAACCAUCGCGCCGCCAAUGGCCUCGACGCGCCCUGGGCGAACGAGAGUAUCCCAUCGCAGAAAACUGCUACCAAAACCAUGACUAUCUCUCAAGCUGAGCCAUCAAGAAACCCUUCCGCAAUGACCCAGCCUGGACAAAACAGAAACGUUCUUGCCCAAAAUAGGCCUAUACCACAGGACGACGGAAGGAAAGAGCUCACCAAAACAGCUGGCCUACAUCAGCCCGGGGUGAUGGCCAGUCUCAACGUAGAUCGGGAUAUUCACCAGCAGAGCGCUCCGAUGGGGCCUCCGAGCGAUAUCCAAUCCACCAAGCCGAAACGGCAAACCGUCUCGUUCAAUGUUCCACCACCCACGCCGCCUCCUCUUUCGGAGUGGAAGACGGCACCAGUGGCCAGACUAGGUGUCUCGGACUUUGAUUUCCAAUCUAUUGAUGUUGAUAAGAGCACAGCUUGGUGGGAAGGGGGAUCAAGCAACAAUCGACGGCGAAGCAGGGCCCUUCCCACCACCUAUCAAAAGCCCCCCGCCCCGAAAUCAACAGCAAACAAGCGAUUUCAACCGCAGAUAUUCAUGAAGUGCGGUCCGCUUCUCCGAUACGCAGGGAUGAAACGCGUGCGGAUCGAUGGACCGAACGGGCCAUUCGAUAAGGAGACAUGGAGAGGCAGUGUGUUGAUUGUGACGAAAGAUUCACGCUCGACCUAUGAGCCGUCGCCUAGUCUGAGACUAUUUUCCCAGCCUAUGGAUCUCCUUCCUCCUCCGCCGGCGGAACUCAGUGGCGAGGAUGCUCAGCUUGCGCCGGAAUAUGUCGACCCAACGGCCGGACUCAUGAAGUUAGGCCGAGACGGCAGACCUCUCUAUGUCAAGCCUGUCGAGCACACAGAGGAAGAGCUUGAUCUGUCUUUCAUUGAAAAUGACGAUGGCGUCUACGAGAUGUCACCGAGCAUCAUGGACUACAGCAGUGGAGGUAUCAAGCAGCCCAUCCCCGCCAAUAGAGUGCACUCCGUGGAUGGAGAGGCCACGGGUGUCUAUAAGGAAAUCGCGGGUGCUCGUCUCUAUGCUGACCCCGGGAGAGAUGUCACCUUUUGGCGAUUCAAUAUCGAGGUUGAACUGGGGCCGACCCAGCAGCGGGUGGCUUACCGCAUCAAUCAGGGCCCAGCAUUGGGAUUCUGGGUACCCGCCCGAGGACAAUCGAUGAAUAUCAUGUUCCACACAUGCAAUGGAUUCAGUCAGGGGGUUGACACGAACAAAUUUUGUGGGCCAGACCCUUUGUGGCGUGACAUACUCAAUGAGCAUCAAACUCGCCCAUUCCAUGUCAUGUUGGGAGGAGGCGAUCAGAUCUUCAACGACAGGGUCACAGCCGAGUCCAAACACUUCCAAGAUUGGAUUCGAAUUAAGAACCUCCAUGAGAGGUACGACGCUCCAUUAAGUGCGGAGUUCAAGGCCGAAUUAGAAACGGGUUUCCUGGAACACUAUUCAGCUUGGUUCUCGCAGGGGCUAUUCUCCCUGGCCAACUCACAAAUUCCCAUGGUGAAUAUGUGGAAUGACCAUGAGAUCCUUGAAGGGUUUGGCUCGUAUCCGGACGAAUUCAUGGGCACGCCUGUGAUCUCAGGCCUGGGUGGCAUUGCCUUCAAAUACUAUCUGCUCUUCCAGCAUCACAGUGUGCCAGAGGAAACUGAGUCGGACGAGCCAACCUGGCUGCUUGGUGCUCAGCCGGGACCGUACAUCAAUCAGCGAAGCCGAAAUCUGUUCAUGUCUUUAGGCGACGGGGUAGUCUUACUCGGAUUAGACUGCCGGACUGAACGAAUGAGUGACGAGGUCCUCAGUGAACAAACUUGCGAUCUCAUCUGGGAUCGUUGUCACCGUGAGAUUGUUCGAGGGGAAACUAAGCACCUGAUCGUGUUGUUGAGCAUUCCAAUUGCCUAUCCUCGAGUGCCUCGGCAGGCGAUGGUCAAGAAUAUUCUAAACAGCCGGAAGUCACUGGGCAAGGCUGGAUUGUUCGGUGGUCUGGUGAACAAGAGUGGCGGCAAGGUCGAGAUAUACGAUGAUCACUGGACUGCCAAACACCAUAAGGCCGAGCGAACCUAUCUGAUUGAAGACCUUCAAGAUCUUGCAGCAGACAAAUCGGUGCGGGUCACCAUCUUGAGUGGUGAUGUUCACCUCGCCGCGAUUGGCGAGUUCUACUCAAACCCCAAGUUGAACGUGCCUAAGGACAAGGAUUAUCGCUAUAUGCCGAAUGUUAUCUCGUCGGCCAUUGUGGAUAUGCCGGAGACCGAAAUGAUCUCUGACACGCUCAACCGACGCAACCGAGUGCACCAUGUGGACACCAAUACGGAUGAAGACAUGAUCCCGAUUUUCACACAUGAUGUGAACAAUAAGCCGCGGAAUAACAAGCGGCUGCUUCCGCGCCGGAACUGGUGUUCCAUCCGCGAGUACCGACCUGGAUCUACACCACCCGGGACUCCUGAGACCGAAUCUCCGCCGGCUCCCGUAGAUGAGCCCCGUCCAGGAAAGCUGCAACGCACAUUAUCCUUGACACGUGGAGACCGUCCACAGACCAGCAGUGGCGGCCUACUCCGCCGAUUUUCGCUGCGAGGGGCGCCGCCGACCAAGGAGUUCAACCUUGGAGGCACCACGGCCCCUCAACGGCGCAUGAGCACUGAUGGAGCGUUCCCACCUACUGAAUCUGGUGAUAGCUACUUCCCACGGCCGUCGACAUCGGCAGAGUUCCGACCUGGACCAUUCCACCGCCGACCGACGAUUCUCGGCCAAAAGGCGUCCAAGAAGACCCGCAAGCGGGGCGAUAACGGAGUGGGCGAUUUCGUGGAUUUGGAGGGCGGACUAGCCAUUACGCUAAACCUCGAGCUCAAUCCAAAGGAUCCUGCCGGCAUCACCACGCCGUACAAGCUCCUGGUGCCGAUGUUGCGGUAUGAGGGGACGGAGUAUGACCCGCCCGCGAAUCCCGUGGCCAAGGGGUGGAAGAAGUGGUUAGGCAUGCGCCGUGGGCCGAAGCAGCGGUCGGCCCGAGAAGAGGUUGAGGAUACUGAAGUGGAGGACGAGGAGAUGAGCGAGGAAGAAGAAGUGUCUAGAUAG